GUGGUAAACAACAAACAACAGUGUAAAAAACCGAAACCUCGUGGGAUUAUCAGAUUGAUUGCAAGAACAGUUUGUUUCCCAUCGACAGAGCACAAGCACUCCAAACACGAGGAUGGCCGAAUUGAAUGCAGAGUUUCGUGGAUACCGGUCUCCGCUGAGCACCCGCUAUGCCAGCAAGGAAAUGCAGUACCUGUUCAGUGAUCAGCACAAGUUUUCCACCUGGCGCAAACUAUGGAUCCUUCUAGCAAAGGCCGAAAAGUCACUCGGGCUGGACAUUACGGAUGAGCAAAUCCGGGAGAUGGAGCGCCACGUCGAGGACAUCGACUUCCAAGCGGCUGCAAAGGAGGAAGCCCUCACCCGGCACGACGUGAUGGCACACGUGCACGUGUUUGCCAAGCAAUGUCCACUCGCUGCCCCGAUCAUUCACCUCGGUGCGACCUCGUGCUUCGUCGGCGACAACACGGAUUUGCUUAUCCUGAAGGAGGCGCUCGAGCAGCUGCUCCCGAAGCUGGUCGGUGUGAUAAAGCAGCUGUCCCAGUUCGCUGUGCAGCAUCGCGAUUUGCCCACGCUCGGCUUCACUCACCUCCAGCCGGCUCAGCUAACCACGGUUGGCAAACGCUGUUCGCUAUGGGUCCAGGACUUACUGAUGGACGAACGAGCGCUCCGCGCUUGUCGGGAUAAUUUGCGUUUCCGUGGCGUCAAGGGAACGACCGGAACGCAAGCUUCCUUCCUGCAGUUGUUCGCUGGCGAUGGUGAUAAGGUCCGCCAGUUGGACGCGACCGUCACGAAACUGGCCGGUUUCGAGCGCUACUACGCCGUCACGGGGCAAACGUACUCGCGCAAGGUCGAUCUCGAGAUUGUAUCGGCACUGGCCAGCCUCGGUGCGACGGUGCAUAAAAUGUGCUCCGAUUUGCGCCUGCUAGCGUCGCGCAAGGAGCUCGAGGAACCGUUCGAGCAGACACAGAUCGGUAGCUCCGCCAUGCCGUACAAGCGGAAUCCGAUGCGCUCGGAACGCUGCUGCGCACUGGCCCGCCACCUCAUCACGCUGCAAGCCAACGCGGCCAACACACUGGCCGUCCAGUGGCUCGAGCGUACGCUAGACGAUUCGGCCAACCGUCGGUUGACCCUUUCGGAGGCAUUCCUGUCGGCGGAUGCGUGCCUGCUGACGCUGCUGAAUAUCUCGCAAGGUUUGGUCGUCUACCCGAAGGUGAUCGAGCGAAACAUUGCCCAGGAGUUGCCUUUCAUGUCCACCGAGAACGUCAUCAUGGCGAUGGUGAAGGCGGGUGGCGAUCGCCAAGUGUGCCACGAGAAGAUUCGCGUCCUGUCUCACGAAGCGGGUGCCCAGGUCAAGCAGCACGGUCGGGACAACGACCUGGUCGAUCGCAUCAAGGCGGACGCAUACUUUGCACCCAUCUUGGGGCAGCUCGACAGCAUCCUCGACCCGAAAACGUUCACCGGACGGGCCGCGGACCAAGUGUUGGAGUUUGUCAAGGAGGAGGUCGAUCCGAUAGUGGCGCUUUACGGGGACAAGGUUGUUACAAAGUCGGCACAAUUGAAAAUUUAAUGCAAGCUGAAACACGCUUUGCGGAUGUUCACUAGAGCGAUCAUCUCGCCUAUCAACCUUGUCACCCCGUUUGUGUGUAUGUGGCCUUCAUCAUUUCAUGUAAUGAGAUAACAAUGAUGUUUGUACCAAGCGGACCGGGCGGUUGUUGU